AAGUGCAUUAAAUUUAUUGUAACGAAUGGCGCUUUCGAUUAUAUCGCAAAGUUCCGGUCUCUUGGAUUUGCAAAGCAUUUUUGAUCCUCAAUAUUCGUUGCAACAACAACAAGAAGUUAGUUUGCAAGAACAAACACAAUUACUGCAAGAUUCGGCACGGCCAUUAACGAAAUUUGAUUUAAACAUUUUCAACGAUAUCGGCCAAAUGGAAUACACUACAAAUUUAAAUCGAAGUCAAAACCAAUAUCAGAAUAAUAAUAAUAUCCACAAUAAUCAGAAUAGCAACAACAACAUUCAAACACAUCAGACCAACGGUGAUAACAUUAAUCAGAUCCAGAGUCGUCAUUUUAUCAGUGGCUAUCAUCAUCAGCAUAUUGGAUCCGAUUAUGAGCAAGUUAUUAACUUUGUAGACUCGCCACCGAACUCUGAGGAAUCCUGGACAGACGUACAAUCGAAGGAAUCUCCAGGACCACAAAUUAUCGACGUACAAACGAUUUAUUCAAACAGUGGAUCACGCAAGAGACGAAUGGAUUGGGACUCGUUAGAUAUUGGUCAAAGUGAAAACUCACCGACAUCGCAAAACGACGAAAUACCGUUACCCAACAAAGUGGCACAUCAGGAGAAAGAUAAACAUAAGCGGGAAAAACACUCAGGUCGCAGCAGUUGGAGCGAUGAUAUAGGAUUUGAUUUAAAUGCCGAUUUCAAUAGCAACUCGUAUUUGAACAAUGACAAUUUUCUAUCCUUCUCCCCGAGCCUGACGGCACUAAAGCAGGAGCCGCAAAUCGAUCACCUGAAGCCCCACACAAAGAUUCCCCUGAUCAGCGGCAACAAACUCGAAAAAUCACCACUCGGCAGCGAUUCGAAUAACUCCCCGCAGCACUCUUCGCAAGACUUGGACGCGUCUACGAUCGCUGGUGGCAGUGGCAACAAAAACAAGCAUGAGUUGAACACUGGCCUCACCUGCGGCUGUGGCUCCCCACAAGGUUCGCCCGCCGCUCCGGAUUUUGAAUUGAACACCAAUGCUAAUGCCAAUGGAAAUGGCAAUGCACCGUCUGGCGAUAACUCGAGCGGAAAUCUCGUUGGUAGCGCGGCCUACAAUCAGGCGGCACACGCCGGUCCAAUACAGCUGAAUGUUGUCGAGGCGGCCAAAAUAGAGCCCAGUUCGGCAGGCAGCACAGCAGUGCACUCCGAAGACCAUAAGUUUCAAUAUAUUUUGGCUGCGGCAACAUCCAUUGCUACGAAGAAUAAUGAGGAGACUUUGACCUAUUUGAAUCAGGGUCAAAGCUAUGAGAUAAAAUUGAAGAAGAUCGGCGAUCUAUCUUUCUAUCGCGAUAAGAUUUUGAAGAGUGUCAUCAAGAUAUGUUUCCACGAGCGUCGGCUGCAGUUUAUGGAGCGCGAACAGAUGCAACAAUGGCAAGCAUCCCGACCUGGCGAACGCAUCAUUGAGGUGGAUGUUCCGCUCUCGUACGGGUUGUGCCACGUUUCGCAGCCCCUUAACUCAAACUCGCUGAACACUGUCGAAAUAUUUUGGGAUCCAUUGAAGGAGGUCGGUGUCUAUAUCAAGGUCAACUGCAUUUCAACCGAAUUUACACCAAAGAAGCACGGUGGAGAAAAGGGUGUACCAUUUCGACUACAAAUUGAAACUUAUAUAGAAAAUACUAACAAUACUAGUAACAUAACCAGCGGCAACAGCAGCGGCAGUGGCAUUAACAACGCUUUGGUCCCAUCACCGAGCGGCACCCCGAACGAUAAUGCCAACAGUUCUACAGCCAGUUCGAAUACUUCGACAACCCUGGGCGCACUCAACGGCAAACUGGCCGUACAUGCAGCUGCCUGCCAGAUUAAGGUUUUUAAACUCAAAGGCGCAGAUCGUAAGCACAAACAAGAUCGAGAAAAAAUUCAAAAGCGUCCACAAUCCGAACAAGAGAAAUUUCAGCCCAGCUACGAGUGCACAAUUAUGAAUGAUAUAUCGUUGGAUUUGAUAGCGCCAACUGCCACUGGCUCAUACAGUCCCGAGUAUAUGAAAAUCUGGCCUAAUUCGCCAGUGCAUAUACCGAAAUAUGAUGGCAUGUUGCCCUUUGCCAGCGCAUCUCCAGCGAAUAGCAGCAGCCCGAUAGCAAUUAAUUCGGUGACAUCAACUAAUUCGCCAACUUUGAAACUAAUGGAUGCGACCAACAUGGUGUCGCCACAACAUGUGCCGGCGGAUAUUGAUGAUUAUAAUGUAAACAUAAUGCCGGACUCAACACCCGCUCAAGUGACACAAUGGCUGACCCAGAAUCGUUUGACUGCCUAUCUUACAACAUUUUCGCAGUUCUCUGGUGCCGAUAUUUUGCGCAUGUCCAAGGAGGACCUGGUACAAAUUUGCGGUCUUGCCGACGGCAUACGCAUGUUUAAUAUUUUGCGCGCUAAAACGAUUGCACCCCGUCUGACCCUUUACGUGAGUCUGGAUGGUUGUAGCUACAAUGCCAUCUAUUUGCUGUCGAACACGGCAAAGGAGCUCCAACAGAAACUGUACAAACUUCCCGGAUUCUACGAGUUUAUGUCAAAGACCGUCAGCAAUGGCGGCGUGCUGGAGAAUGGAUCAACGGUGUUCAACAAUUGGGGCAUGCAUUCAAAAUAUUCGGGAAGCGGUUCCAACAUCUUCAGCGAAGUGAACAAGUGUUGUGUCUACUUAUCUGGUCCAGGCGGCGUUCAUGUAACCAUCACCGAUGAGGUACUCAACAAUGAGGUUAGGGAUAGCAGCUUGUAUGCGAUGGACGCACAAGGCGGGAAAGUAAUUCUGAAAUUGAUAAAUAAGCAGGAAAAUAAUUGAAAAAGGAACAUCAAUUUUUUUAAAUAUUGCUGCACAGUUUCGGAGCAAAAAUAGUUCAUUUUCUCGCAUCGAUUACUAUUAUCAAUGACGCACAGCAUAAAAAAGAAAUUAAUAUUUGAAAAUAAGUACACAUUUUAUAAAUAUUGUGCAAUUUCAUGAAUAACAAACUAUUUUUACGCCAAGCUGAGAGAUUUACUUGCUAACACAUAUCCUAUUCGACAAAGCAUACAAUUUCUAUAUACGUUUCAAUUUGUAUGAGAUUUCGCGGAGCAGUUUUACGCAAGCAACAACAACUUGAUGAGCAGCUUUAAUCCACAAUUAAACAUUUAAUGAAUAACAACAUAGUAGUUUUGUUUUCAGUUUUUAUAUGUAACACUUUUUAUUUGCUUCUCAUUUACUUUUCCACUGAUCAGAUCGGGGCUCCCCCCCAAACGCAUUUAUGUUCUGUUUCGUUUUUCAAUCAUAUUUGAUUUAUUUUAAGUUUUAUUCAAAUAAUUUUAUCUCAAACAACAAAUAUCAACUUAUUUUGUAUUCGCACAUUAUUAUAGGCACACAGAUUUAUUAUGAAAAGUCGUUUGAAGUAGAAUGAAAAACUAAAAAAAAGUACAGUACCACACAAUAGACAUUGACCAACAAAUGUCUGAGGGUUUCGCUAACAACCAACCAUAUAUUGUUUUAUAUACAUACACACAUACACACAUGAACAUAUAUAUGUGAUAAAACCAAUAAAUUGUUAUCAAGAGUGGACUGUCAAAAAA